AUGCCACCCAACAUCACCGCGCUCAACACCACCCGCGCGCGAACCUACGUCUUCCGGCUGCCGCUGUUUACACGAGUGGUAAUAAUUGCGAUUGUUGGAUUCUGGCUGGCGGGGUUACAGAGCAUAGUUGAUAUUCAACAAUGGGGGGCGCUGAUACCGGACGAGAUGGGACUUGCUACUCUAUACCGCAUGAACACCUUUCCGUUUAUCCACCUCAACAUUUUCCACGCUGUGAUGAACAUACUCGCCUUGACACCUCUGAUGGAGAGGUUUGAGGCUGAGUACGGCACGCUGAACUGCCUGGCGUUAUUUUUUGGGCCAUUAACAACCAUUCCCGCGUUUCUGUACAUCGGUUUGGAGAAAUUCGUUUUCGGUAACAACGUUGCAGUCAUGGGAGCGAGCAUGUGGGUGUUUUUGCUGCUCGGGGUGGAGGCGGUCAAGACUUACAAGGUCAAUCCGAACUUUGUCAUUGGGACGUACAGUAUUCCUACUUGGACGACGCCGAUUGGGGUGCUGUUUGCGAUGGCGGUGUUGGUGCCGAGCUCGAGCUUUUGGGGACAUGCGGCUGGGUUGGUGAUUGGUUAUGGUGCUGGUUUGGGCUAUGUUAAGUUCCUUGCGCCACCAGAGAAGAUUCUGAGAUGGAUCGAGGGGAAGCUGAAUCUGCUGGGGAGACUGCCGCACUAUGUGAGCAUUGACCAGAAGACGUAUGGCAGGUUUGGAGUGCUGCCUUCGAAUAACACCCCUGCUGCUGCUUCACCAGGUGUUGCGUUGGGGUUGGUCGGGAGUACCCAGAGGUUAGGACCUUAG